GUUGAUUUAUAAUUUGUGUCACACUCAUAUUGAUCUUUCUCUUCAAAUUCCUGUACUUCAGAAGCAUUUCUCGUAAUCUCUAAAGCUACAACACUUCGAGACGAACCAACAAUGGAGGGCAGGAAGAUUGUGAUUUCGGGUGCAGGCCGUGGCCUUGGCCGUGCUUUGGCCAUUGUCGCUGCUUCUCAAGGAGCUACUCCGAUAUUGCUGGGAAGAUCGCAAAGCGCAUUGCAAGAAGUCAGUGAGACGAUCAAGAGCGACAGCGGCGCAACGGCAUACCCUAUUGUCUGUGAUCUUUCGGACCCUACUUCCGUGGCUCAAGCCGCGAAGGAGAUAGCCGAAUCACAUCCUGAUAUCGAUAUCUUGGUCAACAAUGGAGCCCAUUUCACUGAAGGCAGCUUCGACAAGCAAACCGAUGAUCAGAUCCUAUCGGUCGUGAAUUCAGCAGUCACUGGCACCAUGAUCUUGACACGACAGCUUCUGCCGUUGUUGAGACAACGACCUCGAGCAGACAUUCACAACGUUGUCUCCAUGUCUGGCCUUCAGUACGCGCGGCUCACAGGCGCUUCCCUUCCCUUCAGAGCGGCAAAGGCUGCUCAGGACGGUUUCACCCAGGGAUUGGUGGAGGAACUGAAAGGUACAUCCGUACGCGUCACUUCGGUCUAUCCUGGGUUGAUAGACGAUGUAUCGCCUACCAGUGCCGAAUGGCAGAAGCUGCGUGGUUCUGAGGAGGGUAUAACGAAUAAAAACGUCGUUGAUACAAUCAUCUACGUACUGUCGGCGCCACCAAACGUGUCAUUACGCUCUAUCGUUAUCGAGCGGACUCUAUCAGACUUCCUGAUUUGAUCAAGAGUACAGAUAUUGAGAAGUAGCAAGUCUAGUAGCUUCAGAGUGACUUGCGGCAGAGAUAAAGGUUAUAGUUGUG